GUAUCACUUAGGAUUAAAUGAGCCUCUGCUUUAGAUUAGAAUAGUAACUUUACUGUGGACUAACGAUUUAGUUGUAUGUAAUGUAUAGCGGGAGUCAAAGUAGCAGAUCCUUCCAACCCUGUUAACAUACAUUGUUAAGCAACUGUGACUUAUUUCUAGAUUUAGACUAGAUUCGUUUUGUCUUUAGGUAUAUCGUAGAACCUUAGAACAAAUAGUAGCCGAUAUUAGAUAAUUCCUAUAGGAUAAUCUUAAUUUAUAGCCAAGAGCUUAAGAUUUUACUGUAUCAAUAAGUAUUGCAGAUUAGAUAACAGUAAUUGUUAUUAAAAGACGGGUUUAGGUGAACAGUAAUAAAUAUAUUGUACUUAUUCCGGACGUCAAGCUAAAAACUAUCUAGUAUCACUCGUAUAGACUGUAUUUUUGAACAUGAGGUCAACACGGUGGCUUCGCUGUCGUCCAUUCUCCACCCGUUUCUUAAUCGUCUCAUUUUUGGCAAUAGCGUUUGCAAUCUAUUGCUAUUAUUAUAACCUGUCGCUGGCGUCUUACACAAAAUCAACUAACAACUUAAGCAGCGAAAGGGUCAUCCAUCUAAAACGUUCCCGUGGCCAAGAUCCAGUAAAAUUGCCACAAUGUCCAGUGGUCCGCGAAAGCGUGGCGGAGAUUGAUACAGUUUCCAUUUUUCCAUCAUUUGAGUUUCAGCCAAACUGGUUACGUACAAAGGAGUUUUGGGACCGUAGUUUUGAAGAGAGAUAUGAAAACAAUAAAAACGACAGUCGCCGUCCAAAGUUAAAGGUUAUCGUAGUACCGCAUUCCCAUAAUGAUCCUGGGUGGCUGAAGACGUUCGAACAAUAUUUUGAAACAAAAACUAAAAAUAUAAUCGACAACAUAGUCAUGAAAUUAAACCAAUACCCUAAUAUGACUUUUAUUUGGACUGAGAUUUCUUUCUUAAACGCCUGGUGGGAGAGGUCUCAUCCCGUUAAACAAAAGGCUCUUAAGAAGUUGGUGAAAGAAGGUCGCCUUGAAAUAACUACGGGGGGAUGGGUAAUGCCCGACGAAGCCUGUACACAUAUCUAUUCUCUGAUUGACCAGUUUAUAGAAGGACACGUCUGGGUAAAAGCAAAUCUCGGAGUAGCUCCAAGAAUUGGGUGGUCCAUAGAUCCUUUUGGCCAUGGAGCGACCGUCCCUUACCUACUCGAUAAAAGCGGCUUAGAAGGCGCCAUUAUUCAACGAAUUCACUACGCUUGGAAACAAUGGUUUGCCCAGAGGCAAAUAGAAGAGUUUCACUGGAUGCCGGGAUUCUCAUCCGCUAAGCCUUCCCUAAUCGUUCACAACCAACCUUUUGACAUUUACUCAAUAAAAAGCACCUGUGGUCCACAUCCAGCCAUAUGUCUUAGUUUCGAUUUCAGAAAAAUUCCUGGGGAAUAUUCCGAGUAUACCGCUAAACAUGAAGAUAUUACAGAACAUAACCUUCACAGUAAAUCCAAAACACUCAUGGAAGAAUAUGAUCGUAUUGGGACAUUGACGAAACACAAUGUUGUUCUGGUACCAUUGGGAGACGACUUUAGGUAUGAGUACGGCAUUGAAUUUGAUGCACAAUACGUCAAUUAUAUGAAAAUGUUUAACUAUAUUAACAAACACAAAGACCUCUUUGACGCUGAGGUCAGCUUUGGAACUCCUAUAGAUUACUUUAAUGCAGUGAAAGAGCGUAGUAAUGAUAUACCAACAUUAAGAGGGGACUUUUUCGUGUACUCAGAUAUAUUCAGUGAAGGGAAACCGGCAUAUUGGUCUGGCUAUUACACGACAAGGCCAUACAUUAAGAUAGUCGCUCGUCAAUUCGAACACCAACUACGUACCGCUGAAAUCUUAUUCUCACUGGUCUCAAACUUCUUGCGACAAUCUAAUAAACACAUGUUUGAAUCAUCAGAACGAAAACUCGAAAAGUACUAUGAACAAUUGAUAUACGCUCGUCGGAAUCUUGGGCUUUUUCAACAUCACGAUGCGAUUACAGGAACUUCAAGAGCCAGCGUGAUGUAUGACUAUGGAACUAAAUUGUUCACUAGUUUGUAUCACUGUAUUCGUUUACAAGAAGCCGCGCUUACCACGCUAAUGAUACCUGACAGUAAACUUCACACGCAAAGUAUUCUUCAAAGUGAACUGGAGUGGGAAAGUUACGGUAAACAACCGAAGAAAUUACAUAUUUCAGUAAUAGAUAAGAAGAUUGUUGUCCUUUUCAAUCCACUCGCGGAAAAAAGAACUGAAGUCGUAACUCUUCGAUCCAAUACUACAAGUGUUCGCGUGUAUGAUACGCACAAUAAAAAAUAUGUACAGUAUCAAAUUACACCCAAUAUUCAUGUACUGGAUAAUGGAAGAUUUACUAUUAGUGAUGUCAAUUUCGAAGUCAGCUUUGUGGCCCACUUGGACGCCUUAAGUGUCGUGACGUACAAACUCGAGGAAUACACCAAUCAAUCGCAUCAUUGCACAAUAUUUUGCAAUAACUGUACCGAACAAAAAACUGAUUCUGAAAAACAAAACAAUUUUGUAAUUGAAAAAAUGUUGCCCGGAAAUAUUCAACUGGAGAAUGAUGUAAUGAAAUUAUUAGUCGACAGGAACUCUGGAUUCUUAAGACAAAUAUAUAGAAAAGACGUAAGAAAAAAAAAUAUUGUGGACAUUCAAUUUGGGGCUUACCAGAGUGCACAACGACAUUCCGGUGCAUAUUUAUUCAUGCCAGAUUUUGAUCCACCCGAAAAAGAUGUCCUAACAGCUUACAGCAAAGGAACAUCACAGGAUGAAAACGUUGUCAUAGUAUCUGGACCAGUCUCCACAGAAAUAACAACAAUGUAUUUACCAUUUUUAGUUCAUACUCUUAGAAUUUAUAAUGUUGACGAUCCAGCUCUCUCUCAUGGUAUUUACGUUGAGAAUGUCGUUGAUUUUGAAAGUCCACCAAAGAAUAGGGAUACCGAAUUGUACAUGCGAAUACAGACGAACUUACAGAAUGGGGAAGUACCAGAAUUUUACACUGACCAAAAUGGUUUUCAGUAUCAACGCAGGGUUAAAGUCGACAAAUUAGGCAUCGAAGCGAACUAUUAUCCCAUAACCACAAUGGCGUGGAUACAAGAUGACGAGACUCGCCUUACGUUGCUUACCAAUCAUGCUCAGGGUGCGGCAGCGUUCGAGCCGGGAAGACUUGAAGUAAUGUUAGAUCGACGAACUUUGUAUGAUGACUUUAGAGGUAUAGGUGAAGGGGUCGUAGAUAAUAAACCAACAGUUUUCUCUAACUGGCUUUUACUGGAGCCUAUCAAUCCAAAGAACUCGAAAAAAGACAAACAUUCACAAAACUCAAGGCAAUUUAAUGAAAAUCACGCUGAUUCGUCUCUAAUAUACGAAUUACCUUCUCGAACAGCCGAUUAUUUGAGUAGAACACUUAAUUACCCUGUCAAUGCCUAUAUUGUAGAUACCAGCGAAGUUGGAGACAUUGAAGUAAAGUCACAUCAAACGUUUUUAGAAAAUUUCCCUCCUGGUGUCCAUCUGGUAUCGUUGCGUACAAUCACCGAUGAAGUAUUAGAACAAUUUCCAAGCAAUUCGUGCUUCUUUAUUAUCCAUAGGCCGGGCAUCAGCUGCAAUAUCGGAGAUUCAAUGUUAAAGCCAAGUACCCAUUUUACAGCAGACACAAAUUUCGUUGGGUUAAACGUUAAUGCCUUAGCGUCAGUGAGCUUGACUGGUAUGAAAACGUUUGAAAAUCUCACUCACUUAGCAAACAUUACUAUAAAUCCGAUGGAAGUUAAGACUUAUAGAAUUCGGUUUUAGAAAAAUAGAAACAUAUAGGGUAACAUAUCGGUGAUUAGCCAUUUAUAAAAACAUUUUAAUCGACGCAUUCUUGUCAUUGAAAACUGUAAUAGAAAGCGUUGACGCGAUAAGUGUUGCUUAUCUAAAUGUUAGUAAAUUAUAGAUUCGUAAUAAUUAAGUGUAUUUGUAUGUCUUGAAUUUUUUUUAUAAUUUAUUUGUAUUAAGAGGUGAAUAAACCAUCAAUAGUGUGCAAUCGACACUGACUGGAAAUCAUGUAGAAACUUUAUUCUCAGAAAUAAGAAAACCCAAGAUAAAGUGCACAUUUGUACCGAAUCCGUCAUAAUUCAUCUAUGCACUUAAUAUACUUUGUUGACAUUUUGUGAUGUCUUGAUUUACUAGAAAAAACUACCUCAGGACCAAAUAGUAUAGUACUAUAAACGAUCUUUUAAUAAUAAUUUAGGUAUAAUUUUAAUAUUUGACUAUAACUGAAUAUAUAAUGUGAGUAUUUUUCCAAUUUAUCAGACGGAAAUAUAGUAUCAAACUGUUACUUCAUAAGUAGUAUCAUCCCUAAUCAAUAAAAAUAAUUUCAUGGGGUUAAAGCACCAAAGUUAAACCCUAUAAUUUAUUAUUGUUUGAGCAAUAAAUGAAAGAAGCCUAAGUAAUCUAUUGCUCAUUCCAGCGUAAAGAGUUUGACAGUGCAAUUAGAUUGAUUUUACUUUUAUGACUAAGGAUGAACUUGAUAAAAUAUCUAAGACUAGUAUACAAAUAACAUUUCUUAAAUGUCAAUUCCAUCAACAUCUAUGCCAUCUCAAGUAAUAUAUACUUGAGAUGGCAUAGAUGUACAAUAUCGCAUUUAUAUAUUAUAUACACUUAUAUUUAUUAAUAUCAAUUAAUUAUCUGUAUUAAUUUUUUAUUAAUAUUUUGAAAUAUUUACGUUUAGUUGGCACACAUUUUUGUGGUGCGGCUUCUAGUAAGUGAUUCGUUGUGAUUUUUUAUAGCUAAGUCUUAUUACCGAUUCUGACGUAGUAGCCUUAUAAAUUGUAAUUUAUACAGCUAGUAUAGCGAGAUGAAAUUAAUCGAUGUUAUUUUUAACGCCACGUUUUCUCGUUGUAGAAUACGCGUAAAAAAUAAACAUAUCAAAGUUAUUUUAGAACAGCAACUAACCGUUAAACAAAUGUUUAUUUAUUUAACGACUUCGUUAAUUCUUUGCGUUUUAAGGUAAGAUCCAGAAUGAUGAUUUAUUGCCAAUUUCAGUUCGUCAAAUACGUAUUAGUUUUAUAAUACGGUAUUAAUAAGCGCGUUAGGGUGUUUUACCAGUUUAUAUAUGUAUUUUUUUUAUGAAAUAAGUAAAAUAUAACAACUAAUAGUCUGCGCGAAAAGAUUCGUGGCGGUGCGAAUAACGUAUGGACAGUAUAAUUUUUAUUUGCUACGGCUUAUUUCAUUUAUUCAUAAAAGUUAGUCUUAGUUUUAUAUUAUAUCUAGUGUACUAUGUAAACGUUACAUAAAUGUUAAUUUAGCACUACAGCGACCUCAAAUGGCAGACUGCUCGCUUUUCGUACGGGCCAAUAGUUUUUAAUACCAAAUCUUACCUUCUUCACCUAACCUGCGACUAUUUUAACAUUCACAUAUUUUUGUAGAUGGCACUGCGUUUAUUCAUUAAAUGUUAAAAACGCCAUCUGCACAUAAACAUGCUUAUCGCUUGACGCGAACAGAAAACGAAUGAUAAUAUUUUAUUUAUUCACAAGAAAUUUUAACAGUUUCAUAUAGUAUUAAUCUAUGAAAUUAUUACGACCUAACAAACAAAUACCUAACACUAAGUGUAUUAUUUAAAUGGAUAAUUUAUUUUAAUAAUCCUGAAUGUGACAGUACUAAUUUUAUCUAGUCUUAUUCGUAUUCGUGUGUGAAGAAAUUUCUCGCAGCAGUAAGACGUUUACGUUAUAUUAAUGUAUUGUGUGAAUUAUGUGUGAUGUUCAUUAUCAUUAAAUACGUCAGAAUUAGACUAAUCAAAUUAUAUUGUUGAAUAGUGUUUAUUUAUUUAAGUUUUAUUUAUUUUGUGUGUUAAAAUAAGAUACUAAAAUGCAGGCUGAUAAUAGAUAGACUAAUUCAGAAUACCGUUUAUAAUAAACUUCUAAAUUACCUUAAUUGUGGUAUGUUUGAUCUUGGUUUCAGCCCGCAUGUUGAUAAGUCUCAGCUUAAUCAAUUAAAUUGUAUUUAAAUUACGCUUUUAACAUUGAGUACAAUAACUACGCAUUCCUUUCCUAAUAUUAUUUGAUAUUGGGGCACAAAACGUAUUUAGAUUAUCAUAAAUUAAACAUUAUUAUAUUAUCUUUAAGAUUCUGCCUAGGAAGAUAAUUUCGAUUGUAACUUUUGCUUAUGGUAUAAUAAAAUAAAAAACUUGUUUUAAAAAUUACGUUUAUUCCCAUUGAUUUAGCCAUUAAACCAAAAAUUAUUAUUAAUUAAAAUGAUCAUUAAUAAUUAGAAUUCUAACAUUAACAUAUAACCUAUACACAUAAAAAACAUAAUUCUAGUAAUAGCAAUUUCAAGAACGUCUAAAAAAACGAACUACUUCUUAAAAUAACACAACACAAUCUUAGUUAUACGAUUCAUCAAUGUUAUCUUUUUUCUACAUAUUGAAAAAUAAUUGCAUAAUAAUAAUAAAUGGACAUAUUUCAAGUAAUAUAUAGUUUACAUCGAUUUCAAUUCUAUUCUAUAAAAGACAAUUCAUUAAGAAGUUUUUAUUGCGAAUGUAUUAUAAUAAAGACAGGGAGCAUUGUUAUGUAAUAUUGGGCAGUCUUUCUAUAGCUCCCAUUGGUUCAACAUAUGGAAGUUUCGAUGUCAACAAUUUUACGUGUUUCAUUUUAACACGAUUGUCAAAGUGAAUAUUUAAUUAGGCAAAUAAUAUAUAAAUUGAAAUUAGUUUACAAUUAAUUAAUUUUGUAUUCGUCGGCACAUAUUUCUUACCAAAUAUCACUGUAUGUACAAUAGAAUUAAUAUUUUCUUGUAGUGCAAUGUUUGGUCAUAUGUAGUACAUAAUAAAGGUAAAAAUGUACAAUAAUUUUGAUCAUCAAUAUUACAAAUAAUAAAAUAAAGUGAUAGAACUUGA